AUGCCGCCAGCCUCGUCUUGCUCCGUGGCUCUGUUCAGCUCGCGAUUCCAGCAUAGGCAGCGGAGCAACGCAUUACAUGAGGAAUUCCUGCCUUCUUCCGCCGCUAUUCCUCACAAGCAGGCGAGCAUUUCGUCGGUGCUCUGCUAUAGCCGUAGCAAGGGACUGUUGAGAAAGGUAGAGCUGGCGCAAGGUGUAUGCGAGAUAGCGCCAUCACGCACGUGCGUCGAGCGGCUCGCUCGCUCGCAGUGUCUCUUGGCACGCGGCACUACUGGGCACAAGCUGGCACGGGUGGGGCCCGAGGAAGGGGAGCGGCAGCGUGCAGAUCGACAGCCGCCCAGCGGAGCCAGUUUCACAACGGUUUUUCGAAGCGUCGAUCUCGGCGGCGCGCCUCCACUUGGCUGCGGAUCGCACUCUGCCGCUUCUUACUCUAAGCGCGCCGCGCUUCAACCAGCCGCGGGCUCGACCGCGUAUGCGUAG